AUUUCAUUUCAGUAUAGCUGUGGUAGGCCGAACAUAUAGCAAGAAAUAGUGGAAUGUGGAGUAUUUCGCAGCUAAAGAUCUGCACCUUGCAGGAUUUAGACGACACAGACAAUGCGGAAAACAUAGACUUUUCUUUCUUGUCGGCCCUCAGCAUCGAUUACAGCCAGGUGAAGUGGAAGAACGCCGCGGUCCUGGUCGCCCUACAUGUCGGAGCGGUGAUCGGCUGGGCUCUCUUCCUCCUCGGCUACGUGCACUGGCCAACUUUUCUUUGGAAUUUUCUGCUCAGUUUCGUCUCCGUCAUUGGUAUCACCGUGGGUGCACUCAGCCUUUGGAAUCACAAAAUCUACGACUCGAAAAAACCUUUGAAGUUGUUUCUACUGAUUGCCCAAACUAUAGCAUCUCAAGACUGUAUGUGGAUGUGGAUUCGAGAUCACAGACUGCACUGCGAAAAUCACAAGACAGAUGCUGAUCCUUUCAAUUCCAAACGAGGAUUCUUCUUCUCCCACAUGGGCUGGUUGAUGAUGAAGAAGCAUCCAGAUGUCAUCACCAAAGGAAAACAAUCCGACAUGUCCGAUCUUGAAGCCGAUUCUCUGGUAAUGUUCCAGAAAAGGCACUACAAGGCUAUGUACACGUUGCUAGCGGUAUUACAGCUGACGAUUCCCUGCUAUUUGUGGAAUGAAAUGGCAGAAAUAUCAUUCAUUGCUUUUAUUACGAGAAUUGUGACAGUGUUACACAUUAGUUGGUGCAUUCACAGCAUACACGACUUUCAAGGAAUGAAGACAACCACGGAGGAAAAGAGUGAUGCUGAGAUGAAAUACGUUAGCGAUCAACGCUGUUGGUUCGAUCCAACGUCACUUUUUUUAAGCAUUGGUGAUAGGAUAGGCCUCACAUUUAAUCCAAAGGAUGUUGAUUAAAUUGAAAUAAAAUAAAAUAAUUU